GUACCCUGAGUUAGGUGCCCUGGCAGGAGCCGGUAUUGCCAGCAUCGCCCAGCAAAGCCGCCGGGGCUGAGUUGUGCUUGCAGGGCCGUGGGAGGGCCGGCUCCAGCUGAGGUGCUGUUCCCGGGGGUGGCCGGGCGGACCCCCGUCCCAGCCCCAGGUGCAGCAGGGCGCAGGGAGGUUGGGCCCGGGCAGGUUGGGGGAGCGGCUCCGGCGCCUGCAUGACGGUGCGGAGCCGUCGUCAGCUGUUGCUAAGCGACCGCCCUGCGGGACCAGCUCUCGCCGCGCUGCCGAGCCGCUCGGCCCCGGCCCCCCCAACACCCCCCGGGAUGCCAUCAGCUGUUGCCAAGGGAAGCCCCGCAUGCGGCCGGGACCCGGCAGACUCGUUCUGGACCCGGAACUCCUUCGAGACGGACUCGGACCUGCCGGCCGGAUGGAUGCGGGUGCAGGACACGUCGGGCACCUACUACUGGCACAUCCCCACAGGCACCACCCAGUGGGAGCCGCCCGCCACCCUCGGCUCCCCCAGGCACACCCCCCCCGACGAGCCCCAGCUCACCUGGACGGGCCUGGCGCAGGCCGAACGCUUUGAGAACGGCGACUUCUGGAAGGAUGACCCUGCAGAGGCUGUGACCCCAGAGCCCAGCGCGGAGGACGCGGAGCUGCCCAACCUGCCCACGGCCUCGCCAGACAUGAGCUCCUCCCAGACCGAGGAGGGCGCGGUGCCCCCAGGAUCUAAGUGCUUCGCCGUGCGGUCGCUGGGCUGGGUGGAGAUGAGCGAGGAGGAGCUGGUCCCGGGCCAGAGCAGCGUUGCCGUCAACAACUGCAUCCGCCAGCUCUCCCUGCACGCGCCGGAGCCCGAGCCCGAGUCUGUGGGCCCCUGGGGCCAGGGCCGGGACCUGCUGCUGGUGCUGGAGAGCGAGACACUGCGGCUGGUGGACCCGCGGGGGCAGGCCCUGCUGCACGCCCAGCCCGUGGCCGGCAUCCGUGUCUGGGGCGUGGGGCGCGACAACGGCAGGGAGAGGGACUUUGCCUAUGUGGCCCGGGACCAGCUGACCCAGAUGCUGAAGUGUCACGUGUUUCGGUGCGAGGCCCCGGCCAAGAACAUCGCCACCAGCCUGCACGAGAUCUGCGCCAAGAUCAUGGUGGAGCGCCGCAGUGCACGGGCCCUGACAAAUGGCCUGGCGCUGGAUCACUCCAAGAUGGUGGAGAUCCCUUUCCAAGUGGAGUUCCCGGCGCCCAAGAGCGACCUGGUGCAGCGGUUCCAAGUCUGCUACCUGGGCAGCGUCCCCGUCACCAAGCCCGUGGGCAUGGAUGUGAUCAACACGGCCCUGGAAUCGGCGCUGGCCAGCAGCAAGGAGCACUGGACACCCGUGGUUGUCAGUGUGGCCCCUGCCACCCUCACCAUCACCCACGAGCAGCAGACGGAGGUGGUGCUGUGUGAGUGCCGCGUGCGCUUCCUGUCCUUCAUGGGCGUGGGACGAGACGUGCGCUCCUUCGCCUUCAUCAUGGCCCGUGCCCCCGGCGACUUCCGCUGCCACUCGGUGUGGUGCGAGCCCAAUGCCGCCGGGCUCAGCGAGGCCGUGCAGGCCGCCUGCAUGCUGCGCUACCAGAAGUGCUUGGAUGCGCGGCCCCAGGCCACCACGUCGUGCCUGCCGGCACCGCCUGCCGACUCCGUGGCCCGGCGCGUGGGCUCCACCGUGCGCCGGGGUGUCCAGACCCUGCUGGGCAGCCUGAAGGCCAAGCGUCCGGGCACGCAGACUCCGUGAGCCAGCCCCACGAGCCCGGACCACACGGGAUGGGCACAGCCUCGCCCCCCACCUGGGGCAGCCCCGGGGCCGGGACGCCGGGCGAGGGCGAGCAGAUGGGGCGCCGUGGCCACAGUCAGCGCCAGCAUCGCUG